AUGGUGGAGGUCUCUUGCGGGGAGGCACUCAUUCCUCUGCCUCUCUCCUUUCUCCCCCCCUCCAAGCUCCUACAAGAUGACUUCCAGUUCAUCCUUUGCGAGGGCUGCCAGAAGGAAUCGCCCAACCUCAAGCUCCUCACCUGCCUCCAUACCUUGUGCCUCGGUUGCCUGAGGAAGAACAAGUCUGAGGGGCAGUGUCCCAUCUGCCGGACGGCCAUCCCGCAGGCCAGUGGCAUCCCUGACAUGGACAACCUGCUCUUCACCAGCCUGCAGGCCAGGCUCGAGACCUACAAGAAGAUCAUUGACGGAGUUGACUUGUUCUGCAGCAACUGCAAGAAAACCGGCGAGUUCUGGUGCCCCCAGUGCGAGGAGUUCCUCUGCACCACGUGCUUCGAGGCCCACCAGCACUACCUGAAGAGGGAGACCCACAAAGCCAUGAGGGUGAUGGACAUCAGAGCAGGGUCUGCUAAGGACUUCCUCAAGGGCACCAGGAAGACCAGUAACUUGUCCUGCCCCAACCCGACCCACAAGAGCCAGGCUGUAAGCAUCUACUGCAGGACGUGCAAGAGGGCCCUGUGCUGCUCCUGCGCGCUGCUGGACGGCCAUCAGGCCACCUUCUGCGACAUCCUCAGCGAGACCCACCGGCGGCAGGAGGAGCUGGGCACCAUGCGGCGGCGGCUGCAGCAGAAGAGAAGGGGCCUGGAGGCCACCUACGCGGGGCUGCAGGCGGAGGCCGCGCGGCUGGAGCGGGGCCGGCAGGAGAUGCGGGAGCUGAUCCGUCAGCGCGUGGAGCAGCUGGUGGGGCUGGUGCGUCGGGAGGAAGAGGAGCUGCUGGGGCUGGUGGAAGCCGGGCAGGAGCAGGGCCGGCGGGAGCUGGCGAGGGAGCUGGAGCGGGUGGAGGGGGUGCUGCGGCGGAUGGAGGCGGGCGAGCGGCUGGUGGAGAAGAUGAAGCUCUACGCCACCGAGCAGGAGGUGAUGGACAUGCAGCCCUUCAUCAAGGACUCGCUGGAGGAGCUGCAGCGGCUGCAGCCGCCGGUGGUCGGGGACCAAACACAGCCCAGGGUCUUCGUUGAGUGUCAAGCCAGGCUGCAGGCGCUGGAGGAGCGCGUCAUGGGGCAUCCAGCCUCCCUCCCCACCACAGGUACCUCUGAUCCUCAGCAUGACUCCUCAUCCGACGAUGAUUCCACCAUGAUCCUCGAACUUGAGCCUCCCAGGGAGCAUUGCCAACCACGUGGAGGUCUCCCAGUGGGGCUGUCUGCCCACCACGAGCCCUGUGCCCCCAUGCCAGACUCCUCCAGCAGCCAAGAACACCUGUGUCCAGACCAGGGAGGAGAUAAAUCCCCCACCCAACCCAUACCUCCAGCCCUUCUGAUGCAGAGGGAUGAAGAAGCAGAGAAAGACUCGGGGUCAGCCCGUGGGGACGCUGUGCCUCUUCCCAGGAGCAUCCAGGACUCUCUGGCCUCCCUGCAGGAAGAUUUCAGUGGCUGGGCCAGGUCCAACAUGCAGCAAGCAGACGAGCUCCUGAAGAUCGGUGAUCGCCUCCUGCAAGCUCAGCUCAGGGCGAACAGAUACCUGAUGUCUGCCACCCAGGAGAUCCGGGCCGUGUCCCGUUCCAUGGCCACCAUCACCUCUGCUGUGGGACCCUUGCUGCAGCCCCUGGCCAGCCCACGGGAGCCCCACACCUCAGACGUGGACUGGCCAUCGCUGCCCUCUGACCUGCUGGAGUUAUUCCCCCCCAGCACCUCGCAGGAGCAUGGACCACUGGUCCCAGUGACUACCGUGGUCCUUUCCCCUGGUGGACCCUCUCCUGCUGCCCCCUCUGCCAGCCCAGCGCGCUCAGAGCCCCACAGCCCAGCUUCCAAGGGGGAAGGCCCCAAAUCCAAGGGCAAAGAUGGUGGGAAGCCCAGCACCAGACUUCGGAAGCGGAGGAAGAAGUGAGGCUCUGCAAACCAGAACCUUUGCCCUGGACGGCGGCUGCUUGGAAAACCCUUUCAAGGUCCCUAUGGAGACCAGGUUCUCCAUCCCACCUUGCUGUGCCAAU